AUGACACCAGCAGUGCGGGAAUGGCCAGGCGCUCAAGUCUUCGGCCACAUUCCGGCUGUCCUCCACGCAGACAAGAGUGCCUACGAGCAGCUUAACAGCUCGCUGCAGAAGGUUUACCACGUCCGCUACUCCCUGGCGCACGAUCUCUCCCUGCUCUCCGCCUUCGCCUGCUACCGCUUGACGCACGGCGACCUCCUCCGCAUGCGCCGCCGCUCCAAGAAGUUCGGCACCCGCGGCGGCGGACUCUGGUGGCCCUGCCGCCUCUGGAGGAACUGGGGCGAGCUCAUGGUCCCGAGGCAGCUGCUGCGGUACAACGACGCCACCGGCGCUGGGAACAUGCCGAGGCUGCAGUCCUUCGAGCUCCAGGAGCUGGAGGUGGACGUGAAGGCCAAGAUGCUGAGGCGGAAGCAGACCUUUAGGCAGCGGCUGUCCCAGGGGAUGUCCGCGAUCAGCUCGGAGGACACCUCGGACUCGAAGAAGACCACCGCCUACGACCUGACCUGGAACUCGGACCUCUGCAUCCUGGGCGGCCUCGCGCCCCACGAGUACCUGGCCCUGGAGAAGCCGCAGGAGAUGGUCAGCUCGAUGUCGGGCCCGAUCGAUGUGGUGGACGAGGAGUCCGGGCCCUGCGACGACUCGGCGCCCCUGGGCACCGUGGAGACCGACCCCUCCGGGGAGCUGGGCCUCUCCGAGGACAUGGGGCCCGGGGACCUCCCCGUGGAGCUCGGGCGGCACGUGGUGCCGGAUCGCGUGGCGAUCAUCGCUGAGUGGGUCUUCGAGGACUUCAAUUCGAUGGCCCGCUAUGUCGACAUCCCCGCCCCGAUCGUCUCGAGGCCCUACCAGGAGUUGUCCCAGGGCCUGCUCGGCUUCUCCCAGGCCUGCAAGAUGGCCGACUUCCCCUUCCCGAGCCCCUUCGCCCAGCUCCUGGAGUGGCUGCUGGUGGCCUAUACUUUCUUCAUACCCCUGUUCGCGACAGUCUUCACCGGCUCCGUCGCGUUGGCGCCGUUCCUGGCGUUCCUGGCGACACUGACUUUCUGGACGCUCACGUCCAUUUCGCGCGUGCUGGAGAACCCGUUCGCGGACAAGCUCUCGUCGUCCCCUCCCUUCUGCCCUUCUGCCCUGGCGGCGAGCAGUGUCAGUGGCAUGGAGUUUCCCACCAUGGCAGGGCUCAUUGAAGCAGAGUUCCGCCGCCAGGUGUCCGCGACCCUCUGGGCUCGAGCCAUUCUGGACAAGGCCCGGUGCGACCGCACCCUGGCGACCGCUGUGCUGGCCGGGGCCGCGGCGGGCGCCAUCGGCGGUACCGUGGCGGCCCUCUGCGUCCUCAACGGCCGGAAGAGCGGGCCACUCGCGGGCGGCCCAGCGGCAGCGGCCACGGAGGGCGGGGCCAGCGAGAGGAGGGGCCGCAGGCGCGAGUCCGUGCUCAAUACCGACGAGAACCGCGCGCACGUUGCCGGGGUGACAUCCAAGUGGACGAAGCCUGUCGUCAUAUCGGGGCCGGGGCUCGAGGAGUUGGCGAGGGCGGUGUCGAAGAGACUGGGCUGCGAGGCGGUCGCCGAAGGGGACGGUCCCACGCUCUCCGUGGAGGUGUUCAAGUCGAACGACCCCAACAUCAGGUUCAACUGGAAGCGCAUCGUGGGCCGGAAGAUCAUCUUCCUGUUCGACACCGUCGACCAGAGCCGCCUCUUCGAGCAGUUGGCGCUGCUGCAGGCCCUGCAGGGCUUCGCCGUCCCCGAUGGCGAGGACAGGUCCACCAAGUGGAAGUCGUACGCCCUGGCAGGCAAGUACGCUUGGGGCCGCGCCUCCCACGUGACCAUCGUGCUGCCGUGGUUCCGGCCGUGCCAGAUGGAGCGCACCAGCCGCUGGCAGCUCAAGGACGGCGCGUGGACCAACGCGGACCCUCAGGGCGAGUGGCUGGACGUGCCGUCCGCGCAGUACUACGCCCGGCUCCUGUGCACCCCGAGCUCGGUGCCCCCCCUGCCCGGGCCGUCGUCCGCCCUGGACGGCAUGCCCCUGGACCCCUUGUGGCGGCCGCCCGUCGAGCUGCUCUUCUUGGAGCUGCACGAGGAGCAGCCGAUCGCGCACUCCGUCAGCGAUCUGGGGGCCACUAUCCGCAUGGAGCGCUUCGUGCCCUACUUCCUGGACAGGUUCAAGGGCCGCCCAGACUACCCCGGGAAGGCGGGCACAUACGUGCUCUUCCCCGACAAGGGGGCGUACGACCGCUACCACUCGGCCGUCCUGGAGCGGCUGAAGCUCGAGGAGGACCACAUCCUGUUCAUCAAGAAGACCCGCGUGGGCGAGACGAUCGGGCAGGAGCAGAAGCUCUUCUUCGACAGGGGCCAGGAUCAUCUCGGGGAGAAGAGCUCCUUCGCCGGCUCGGACCACAUUCUCAUCAUCGACGACUUCACCAACUCAGGGAGCACGCUGUUCGGCGCCGUGGACCUCGUAAGGAAGCUCGUCGAGAAGGGGGGCUCCCCGGCGGUGUCGAUCUUCGUCUCGCACCUGGUGGCGACGUACGACACCAAGGUGGUGCAGAAGCUCCAGGAGAAGCUGCACUCCCUCGGACCCACUUGCAGGUUCUUCACGACAAACUCCAUCCCGCUCACCACGGACAAGCUGAAGUCGGACCCGCAGGUCAAAGUUUUUGACGUCUCGGACUUCAUCGCAGAUCUUGUAGAGAAAGAGUCUUGA